AUGGCUCGGACGAGCAGAGUUGCAGGUAUUGAGGAAGGGCAGAGAAAUGAGGAUCCAUGGGGGAUAGAAUUUCAGCCUCGGGAUAUAAUGAAAGAGAGGCCCAGUUUCACGCUCAUUGUGGCCCUCUUCUUAUUUUGCUAUGCUCUGACGUUUGCCUGCAUGAGUUUCAGUAACCCCAUGAUUGAAACAUAUGCCAAUGAAGGAAGCAUAUUUUAUACAAACAUAGACCUGCAGACUCAUAUAGCUCUUCGCAAUCAUCAUCUAGAGAUAACAGAGCAGCAGCAGAAGAAGAAGAGCCCUGAACUUGAUGCUGUCAGCUGUUCUUCUCUCAUCAGUGAUGUGGGAAGAAAUAAUGCUUCUGGUGGAGAUGGCAGGGGAAUCAUGUGCUGUGACCGUUCUCACUAUAGGACAGAUGUUUGCUAUCUGAGAGGUGAUGUGAGAACACACUCUGAAAAUGUCUCCAUUUCUCUUCAUGCCCACAAUCAUAGAUCAACUCAGGAGAAAAUCAGGCCUUAUACACGCAAAUGGGAGCAGAGUACCAUGAGCACCAUUGAUGAAAUCACCCUCAAAACAGGGGAUGAUAGUGAUGAUGCCUGCCAAGUUCAGCAUGAUGUACCCGCCAUAGUUUUCUCCACAGGAGGAUACACAGGCAAUGUUUACCAUGAGUUCAAUGAUGGUUUGCUGCCUCUGUACAUAACAUCCCAGCAUCUCCAUGGACAAGUGGUGUUUGUUAUUCUUGAAUACCAUACUUGGUGGAUGACAAAAUAUGGAGAGAUUAUUGGGCAGCUUACCAAUUACCCAGUCAUUGAUUUCAGCAAGGAUAAGAAAGUCCACUGUUUUCCAGAGAUGAUAGUUGGCCUCAACACACAUGACGAGUUAACUGUAAAUCCAGAGCUCAUGAAAGAUGGUAAAAGCAUUAAAGACUUCAGGGAACUUGUGAGCACGGCCUAUGCCCCUAGAUUGAGUUCCAUGCCUCAAACACAGAGCGUAACCAAAGAACUGUCAUCCCCCUUAACGGACUCAGGGCUAGUUUCACAGCCAGAAAAGCCCAAAUUGGUAAUAAUAUCAAGGGGGAAGUCAAGGAGAAUGAUGAAUCAGAAGGAGAUCGUUAAACUGGCAGAGAAAAUUGGAUUUGAGGUAGAAAUACUGAGUCCCAAAAGAAAUACAGAGAUGGUAGAAAUGUUUAGAGCCUUAAACUCAUGUGAUGUUAUGGUGGGAGUUCAUGGUGCUGCCAUGACACAUCUUUUGUUCAUGAGACCUGGCUCUGUGUUGAUACAGAUUGUGCCUUUGGGUACUGAUUGGGCUUCUGCUACUUAUUAUGGAGAACCUGCCACCAAGUUGGGAUUGACAUAUCUUGAGUACAAAAUCCUUCCAGAAGAGAGCUCUCUGUUUGCAGAGUAUGGAAGAAAUGAUCCUGUUCUUAGAGACCCGGAUUCAGUUAACAGGAAGGGAUGGGGGGAGACAAAAAGGGUAUAUCUGGAGGGGCAAAAUGUCAAUCCUUCAUUGAAACGGUUCAACAAGACUCUACUCUCUGCCUAUUCCUCUGCACUUGCUCGCAAACAGGGGAUUUUGCCUUCUAUUGACCGUUAGCCGGAUUUUGUAUUUCUAAAUUGUAUAAUGAUGUGUGUUAUGUGCACAUAUAGGAGGGCUCUGGCUGAGGAUUGGAGGAAUGAUAAUGGCUUCUCUCUUUAUUCAGAGAAGACAAGCGAGGUUACUAGGGAGAAGAAAGAUUA